AUGGACGACUCGCAGCGCUUGAUCUACGAUAACCCAAAUUUGUUUGCCAUUGUUUGUCGUCACAAAUGGCUUGUCAAAUUCUCAUUGAAUGCCAAUGUGCUGCCAUUCUUGGUAAAAGAUUCCAUUGACAUAGAUUAUCUACACUAUUUAUACGCUUACACAAGACACACGCAGUUGUCACGGGAUCUCAUCACGAGCAUGAUGAAGAACGCUAAGAAAUUUACUGUAACUAUUGCUUUUUGCUGCAGAAAGAAAAGUACGUUUUUGAGCAAUGCUGCAGUUAGAUCAACCCUAACAGCUGCACUCUGUCUGACAAAUUUUGCUUCACAAGUCGUAGAACGACAUAACAAACCCGAAAUUGAGGCUCGAUCCUCGGCUGAAGUAAUUCUCAACCCACUGGUAAUCUCUCGCAACGAGAAUGAAAAGGUGUUAAUAGAACCGUCCGUGAAUUCUAUCCGGUUUUCGAUCAAGAUCAAGCAAGCUGAUGAGAUAGAGAGGAUUCUCUGUCAUAAAUUUACCAGAUUCAUGAUGCUUCGCGCUGAGAACUUUGUUAUUUUGCGAAGAAAGCCUAUUCCGGGUUACGAUAUUAGCUUCUUGAUUACCAAUUUCCAUACCGAACAGAUGUUCAAGCACAAAUUAGUAGAUUUUAUUGUUCAGUUUAUGGAAGAGGUGGAUAAAGAGAUAUCCGAGAUGAAAUUGAGCAUUAAUUCGAGGGCAAGAAUUGUUGCAGAGUCUUAUCUUUUGCAG